AAGGAAGUGCAAAACCAAUUGGCUUCGCUGUUUCGCAUCCAAUAUUGGAGGAAUUUAUACAACAAUGGAAUCAGAAAGUUAUGUAUUAACGCAACCACUCAUUCCACCUGAUAUUGUUGAAGAGAGCAACGAGCAAAAAGAAAACAUUGAAUUAAAUGAGAAUAUCGGUAAUGCAACUAUCAAUUCAAUAUGUGCUUUACGUGAAGGCCAUUUAAAUUCAGGUUCAAAGCAUUCAAGCCUUAGUAGACGCUUGCAUGGUGAUAAUGGCACUACACUGCGCAGCAGCCGCUUACGAAUCAGAUCUCGAUCAGGUUCAAAGGGAUCUGAAAGUAAUAGCCGACGUCGAUCGAGAAGUGGCUCAAACAGUUUUCGUACUACUAAUAGUAAUCGUAGUCGGUCUGGUUUAAAACAAGUAAAUAAUUGUUCGCGCGGUGAGGAGCAAGCAAAAUUAAAUAAACGCCCCAAUGUAACUGAUGCCGGUAAGGUUGAUAAGGAGCAAUCUGGAAACAGUGCAAGUGAACAUGGAAACGUGAAUGUAAUCAAUACUAAAAAAAGCUCUGCUGCCGAUGUUACACCUAAAUCGAUUAACAAAAAAAGUGAUGAUUUUUCAGAGGUGUCUGAUUUUGAUGCCAUGUUUCUUUGUAAAAAGCAAUGGGGAAGAACAGCACGUCGCAAAUUCGAAAUGGACAUUGAUAAUGAGAAUGAGAAUUUAAUUGAUCAGUUGAUUACGAACAUGAAAUCGGCGUUUGAUGAGGAUCGACAAUUGAAACUCUGUGGCAAGCUCGCGACUAAAAAAAUCUCAAUGCUGAAAGCAGUGAUGUCACAACUCAUUAAGAAAGACCUGCAAUUGAGUUUUAUUGAACAUAAUGUACUGGAUGUCCUGGCAGAUUGGUUAGCACCCUUACCAGACAAAACCUUACCAUGUUAUGAUAUACGAGAGAGUAUUUUGAAAUUACUCUUAGAUUUUCCUCCUAUCGACAAGAGCUACUUGAAACGUUCAGGCAUUGGAAAGGUUGUAAAUUAUUUAUCUAAACAUGCUGAUGAAACAGAAGAAAAUCGGAACCGGGCAGCCCAUUUAAUUUCGCAAUGGGCACGUUCGAUUUUCGACAUAAAUGAUAAUUUGAAGACUAUGACUAGAGUAGAACGUCGAGAACGGCAACUAGCACAAAUGCCAAAACUACGGCUGUCUUGUGAGCCCAAACCAACCACACCCACUGAGAAGAAAGUUACUUUUGAGAGUUCUAUCGAAGGUAAAAAUCAAUCAAAGGCCAAAGAAACUAGUUUGGAGGCUCGAGCACGUAUUCCAUCACCAUCGCGUAAAGACUAUGUUAUACGCCCAAAAUCAAACUUAGAGCAAAGUGUGCAUAAUAUUAAAAAAAAACCAAGUUUAUUGCAAAAGCAUAUGAAAAAGUUUACUAGUCAGAAACGCUUAAAACAAUCUAAGCCAGUUGAGGGUCUUUCUGUUGAUGGUCGGAAAAUGCCGUUAUAAAUAUAUUUUCAAGUUAAAAUAUUAGCCUCGGAAGUCAUUAUAUUUUUAACGUUUUAUUGUGAAA